AAGGCAGGAUGAAGAAAAAAAGUGGAGUAAACCAAAAGUUGAACCCCCGGGAUUGGCUUUAUGGUUUAGCCCGGUUGCCGUGGAGACCGAGAGUAACACCAGCCGUGCGCCGGGAGCUGAGAGGCUAUGGCCACGUUAGCCCGGCUGCAAGCUCGGUCGGCGAACGUAAGACAGCAGUACUACUUCAGGAACAGUGUUGUGGAUGCAUUCAGAAAAAAGGAGAAUGAUGCAGCAGUUAAAAUCCAGAGCUGGUUUCGAGGAUGUAAAGUUCGGGCAUAUAUCAGGCAUUUACAGAAAAUAGCAACAAUUAUUCAAAAGUGGUGGAGAAGUUACUUAGGCAGACAACAGUAUCAACUGAUUGUGGAGAUAGCAUAUUAUGCUAUGAAGAUGAAUCUCUACAAUGCAAUGGCUGUCAAGAUUCAGAAGCGAUGGCGAGGCUAUAAGAUUCGGAAAUACUGCUUUAAUUAUUUUUAUUUGAAGGAAUACCUGAGAGCUGUUUCAGAGAACAAUGAUGCAAUUAGGGAGGCCCUGGAGGACUUUGCAGAAAUGAAAGAAAGAGAAGAGAAGAAGGCCGAUCUGGAAAGGGCCGAGAAGGAAAGAGGUGACCUAGCCCGAAAGACGCAUUACCUCCUCAGCACAAAGCAGAUUCCAGGUGUGUAUAAUUCACCAUUCAGAAAAGAUCCCGAUCCGCGGGAGCUGCAAUUACAGAAGGCAAAGCCUUCAACACACCAAAGACCUAAAGUUAAGCAGAAGCCUGCGGUCAGCCCGAGUAGCUGGCUCGCUUGUACGAGUGCGCGUUCCUUUCCUCGGUGUCAAAUUCUGCCACCCAUUGAUAGGAAACAAUGUCAGGGACCCUUCCGCAAUAUCGAGGAAGUACUGGAGCAGCGCUACAAGCCUUUGGAGCCGACGUUGCGGGUGGCAGAGCCGAUGAAUGAGUUAACGGAGGCCAGAGAGGAGCUCAGAAGACAGGAGCAGGCGAGGAUCGUAAAUGAUAAUAUGUUUUUGCCAUUUUCUUCCUACCAUAAAAACAAAAAGUACAUCCCAUCAAUGCAUUCAUCAAGCAAGUAUGGUCCUGAUUCUUAUGGAUGUCAACAUUUCAGAGAUGAAAAUCCUAAGAAGUGGAUCUGUGACAAGGAUUUUCAAACUGUAUUACCAGCAUUUGAUCUCUUCUCAAAGUAUGGAAAAUCGUAUUCAAAAGCUGGGCAAAUUGUAUAAAGGUAUGAAUUUUUGCUAAGAAACAUUUCAAAAAGCAUGUUAAAUAACAAAAACAAUCAAAUGAGACUGACUUAACUAUAAAGCAUUUUUAAAACCAUGCUAAAUAAUAUUUAGACAUACUAAAACUCCAUAUUAUUAUUUCACUCUAAUGGUUUUCAUUAUUCAAAAAUCAUGGAUU